AUGGCUGCUCUUGCAUGCCAGACGGCUGCCACCUUUGCCAAGCUCGGCUCCUCGUCGAGUGCUCAGGCCACUAAAAAUUCCAGAGUGACUCGUGCUGCAUUUCUUGGCCAGCGCGUUAAUGGCGGCUCAAGCAGCAGAGGGGUUGCGAAGAUUUCGAAGUUCGCAGUGAGGGCAACCGCUGAAAAUGAGGAAGCACCAUUUGUCACUCGGUCCAAAGAGCUUCUUGAAGAAGCCAAGGCGAAGUGGGAUACAGUUGACGACAAAAGCACGGUUCUUCUCUACGGCGGCGGAGCUAUUGUCGCACUUUGGCUCUCCUCCACGAUAGUAUCCGCCGUCAACUCCAUUCCGCUGCUCCCUAAGGUCCUCGAGCUAGUGGGCACGGUCUAUACUGGCUGGUUCGUCUACCGCUAUCUCCUGUUCAAGUCAAGCAGGAGGGAGCUGUCGCUUCUUGUUGAUGACCUAAUGAGCAAGAUCACUGACAAGAAGUAA